UAUAUGCAUAGAGCGUACGAUUAGUUGCAAUAUACGAGUACGUCACCUUAGAUCGGUCUACAGCAUAGAUAAAUGAGCACUGCAUUGUUAAUGUUAUCAUUAUCAGUUGCAAUUAUGGCUCCGAUAGCUACAUACGUGUUCCUAGACCUUGGUACUACCGGUAAAGACCCAAAAGUGGACGAAAUAACAGAAUUCGCCAUGGUGGCAGUGAAUCGCCAGCACCUUCUCGAGACGAGCGAUUCGCGUUCCAAAAAGCUCAGGGUUCAAAACAAGUUGAUUCGCUGCUUCAAAGUUGACAAGAAAAUGACUUACAAUGCGAAAUCUAAUGGCAGAGGCGGCUUUAAGAACGAAGAUCUCCAACACGAGUGCUACUUCGAUAAAUGUUGCUUUCUCAUGAUCGAUAAUUUCCUCAAUACUCUGAAGAAACCUGUGUGCUUGAUCGCGCACAACGGUGGGAACUUUGACUUCCCUAUAUUGAAGAGAUAUUUCACUAAACUCGGUGUGAAAUUUUCGGAUGCUAACCUCAUGUAUGCUGAUACAUUACUGGCAUUCUCUGACAUUAUAGAGAACACAACAGUGUAUGAAGAGGCUGGAACAUCAAGCGGUAAUGACUUGAAUGAAAACCCUCCUAAAAAGCAAUGUAUCGCACGAGUUGGGCGAGUCCGAGUCCAUGCAAAAAACCGCAAAUAUCCGAACACACGCUCAAAACAAGGUAAUACUGAAGAAUCGUACAAGCUGACAAAUAUAUAUAAACGAUUGUUAAAGAAAUCGCCUAGGACAGCACAUCAAGGCGAAGCGGACUGUAACUUGAUGCUGAAAAUAGCAGAGCAUCUUGGCCGAAGGUUUGUGAACUGGAUUAACGAUGAAAAAUAUAAUAUUUGUCGCUUCCCUGAUGACGUACGCGACCCGUAAUGUUAUUGAUUCAAGGAGUAUAGUAAACUAUGGGACAAUUCGAAACAAGAAAAACAGAAAUAAAAACUCGACAUCGACAACGUAAUUUUAGUAGAAAAAUGUAAGUUACAAAAGUUGUUAACUAACUUUAAAUUGUUGGAUGUCUAACUGGUCAUUCAAAACGAAAAAUGAUAAAAAAUAGAUGUUAUUCAAAUCCUUAUACAAUCACAGUCACAUAUUAAGUACAUACCUACGUCGAUUUUUUUUACAAUAUUGCGUAUGAUUGUUGCCUCAUUUCUCUCCUUAGUUUUGCGCAGUCAGGUAGGAAGGUUUUUGAAUAGGUAAUCAUAAGCAUAAUGGAAAACUGCGAAAGAUUAGAUUUACAUUAAUAUCAUAAUAUUAAAUUACAAUAUAAAUUAUUCUACACGAAUCUAUUUGGUUUUAUAUCUAUAAUUUAUUUGAGAAACUUUUUGCUGGAGAACCCAUUAUAUUCAAUUAGUGAAUUUUUUGACAUAACUGUAUAAAAUACGGCGGUCUCGGUAUCCGCUCGACGGGCGGGCUGGCGCUCCCUGCCUUUCUGUCAUCUGUCCACAGCACUCUCACCCUCAUUGGCGAUAUUUUACGUUUACCUUCAACCGCUGAUGUCCCAGUGGCAUGCCUGGCGGACGCUGAAUCGGCAUGGGUAGCAAAACCAUCCCGGCGAAAAAUUGCCUACGGAAAAAGCUAGCCAAGCAGCCUGGGAUUCCGCAACCGCCAAAACACAACAUGAGUAUUUAAUUCAGAGCUCGCUAAAUGUAUCUGAACGUGCCAGACUGCUGGCCGUAUUGUAUCCGAGCCUGAAUCGGGUCAUUGGCUACAUGCGCUGCCUUCGCGAAACAUUGGAUCGGUACUGGACCCCUCUGCGAUGCGUAUUGCAGUGUGCCUUCGUCUUGGCUUUAACAUCUGCGAGCCACACGCUUGCAGUCGCUGCGGAAAUCCCGUGGACUCUCUGGGGAGGCAUGGCCUGCACUGUCAACAGAGUUCGGGGCGGCUCUACAGACAUGCCACUAUAAACGAGCUUAUUAGACUUGCUAUCUCCACCGCCUCUCUUCCCGCGACUCUGGAGCCUUCGGGCCUCUCUGCCGUGGAUGGCAAGAAACCUGAUGGCUGCACUCUCGUGCUCUGAGUCCUGGGCUGCGCUUUGGCGUGGGACACCACAUGUGUCGAUACUCUGGCUCCGUCUCACGUGGAGGGUUCUGCUCGGAAACCUGGGAAUGCCACUGACUAAGCCCAAACAUUUAAGCGCCGCAAAUAGUCUUUUUUAAUGAAUUAGUAUGAGUUAGCGGCGCUUGCUGUAGAAACUAUAGGUCCUUGGCCAUCCGACACCAAAAUUUUUGUUAAAAAGAUGUUGGAACGCCUAAUAGGUGUCCCGGGGAACCACAGAGCGGGCUCCUUCUUUGCUCAGAGGUUGAGUCUGGCGAUGCAAAGGAGUAACGCCGCCAGUGUUUUAGGGUAUAUGCCGGAAGCAGGGGAUUUGGGGGAGGUGUUUUAUAUUUGGUUGUAGUCGUAGUU